AUGAAAAAAGGAAUUCUUAGCAAGAAAAAGUCAUUACCUGGGCAAGAAAUAAUGACAAAGUAUGGAAAAGUUCAAGGAAUUCGUUUAGUAAAUUCUGGAAACUGUAAAAUUGAUGCAUUUCUUGGCAUUCCUUAUGCCAAACCACCAAUUGGAGCAUUACGUUUCAGAAAACCAGAACCACCAGAACCUUGGGAAGGUGUAAAACAAACAAUACGAUUUGGUCCACGUCCUCCUCAAAAGGAUUUACUAUGGAUUGAACUAGGAAAUAAAGUUAAAAAAAGCGAAGAUUGUCUUUAUUUGAAUGUAUUCACUCCAACUUGGACUAGACCGAAAGAUCAACAAAAUGGAUUUGCAGUAAUGGUAUUUAUUCAUGGUGGAGGGUACGCAAUGGAUUCAGCGUCUAAAUAUGGCCACGUGAAUAUUUGCAAUACUAUUUGUCGCCAUGAUGUUAUCGUUGUAACAAUUGAAUAUCGCCUUGGUUUUCUUGGCUUCUUUUGUACUGGUGAUGAAGCAUGUCCGGGCAAUAAUGGCCUAUGGGAUCAAACGAUGGCAUUGCAGUGGGUUAAGGAAAAUAUUGCCGCAUUUAACGGUGAUCCACAACGAGUUACAAUAUUGGGUCAAAGUGCAGGUGGUGCGUGUGUUGAUCUAUUGUCCCUUUCACCCAAGUCAAGAGAAUUGUUCCAACAAGUAAUUGCAAUGGGUGGAAAUGCGGAAUGUAUUUGGGCUGUGGGAAAAACUGAAUAUGUCGUAGAAAUAUGUAGACGAUUUGCUGAAAGUGUUGGAUGGAAAAGCAAGCUAAAAGAUCGAGAAAGUAGUGAGAAAAUGCUGGAUUAUUUACGAACUUUACCAAGAAAAGUAUUUGAGCGAGGAUUAAUGAGCCAGAAGGACUUGCUUAUUAAUCGAACAUAUCUUGACCUUUCACCUGUAAUUGAUGGAGAUUUUUUGCCAAAAUCAGUUUCAGAAUUAAGAAAAGAUGCACCAGUUAAAGCAUGUAUGGUUGGAGCAUGCAAACAUGAAGGUCUUAUAUACGCGGCCAUUUCACCAAAAUUAUUCACUCUGAAUGGCAUUGAUAAAUUGUUGGCUGGAUAUAUCCCUAAAGAAGAUUAUAACAAUUACAAACAAUUAAGGGAAAAAGCAAAGAAUUAUUACUUGAAAGGAAUUGAUAUCAGUGAUAAGUUAUCAGUCGCAAGAGUAUUUGAAGAACUUCUCAGCGAUUUAGCAAUAACUAAUAGUACGAUUGAAUACGCUGAAAAAAUGACUAAAUUUGGUCACAAAGUUUACCUUUACUCAUUCGAUCAUUACAGUCCAAAGUGUUUUGGAUUACUAUCAUUUCGUUUUCCAUUCAAAGGUGAUUUUAAUUGA